AAUCUUUUACAAUUUUAAUAGCUACUUCUUCAUAUGACCCGUAUUGGUUUAAAUAUUUUGUUUUAAAAACAGUAGAAAAUGCUCCUUUACCUAUCUCUUCAAUAUUUUCAAAUUUAUCAUAUGGCACCCAAUGA